GAAAGUAAAGAUACAAGGACCCCGGACCAGUUUUACUCUCCAACAAAUCGUUACUCCAAGGCCUUAUCCCUCCAAUGCAUCUCUUUCUCACGACAGACGACGAGGCGACGGCGGUGUAAAUGAAGAUCACGUGAGGGAGCAGAACGAUGCCCAAGGGCGGGUGUUCUAAGACACCACAGCCAGAAGAUUUUUCUCUCAGCAACGACAUGGUGGAGAAACAAACCGGGAAAAAGGAUAAAGAUAAAGUUUCUCUAACCAAGACCCCGAAGCUGGAGCGCAGUGAUGGUGGGAAAGAGGUGAGAGAGCGCAGCACCAAGCGCAAGCUGCCCUUUACUGUCAGCACCAAUGGAGAGCAGAAGGACUCGGACACAGAGAAGCAGGGCCCUGAGCGGAAGAGGAUCAAAAAGGAGCCCGCCACGCGCAAGGCCGGCCUGCUGUUCGGCAUGGGGCUGUCUGGGAUCCGAGCUGGCUACCCCCUCUCUGAGCGCCAGCAGGUGGCUCUCCUCAUGCAGAUGACGGCGGAGGAGUCUGCAAACAGUCCAGUAGACACAACACCAAAGCACCCCACGCAGUCUGCAGUGUGUCCGAAGGGGACGCCCAACUCUGCCUCGAAAACCAAAGACAAAGUUAACAAGAGGAACGAGCGCGGGGAGACGCGCCUGCACCGGGCCGCCAUCCGCGGGGAUGCCCGGCGCAUCAAAGAGCUCAUCAGUGAGGGCGCAGACGUCAACGUCAAGGACUUUGCAGGCUGGACAGCCCUGCAUGAGGCCUGUAACCGUGGCUACUACGACGUUGCAAAGCAACUGCUAGCAGCUGGUGCCGAGGUGAACACCAAGGGCCUGGAUGAUGACACGCCCCUGCACGAUGCUGCCAACAACGGGCACUACAAGGUAGUGAAGCUGUUGCUGCGGUAUGGCGGGAACCCUCAGCAGAGCAACAGGAAAGGCGAGACUCCGCUGAAAGUCGCCAAUUCCCCAACCAUGGUGAACCUCCUGCUGGGCAAGGGCACGUACACGUCCAGUGAAGAGAGCUCCACCGCAGAGAGCUCAGAAGAGGAGGAUGCGCCCUCAUUCGCACCGUCCAGCUCAGUGGAUGGCAAUAACACAGACUCUGAAUUUGAAAAGGGCCUGAAGCACAAGGCCAAGAACCCAGAGCCCCCCAAAACCGUGACUCCUGUCAAGGAUGAGUACGAGUUUGAUGAGGAUGACGAACAAGACAGGGUCCCUCCCCUGGACGAUAAGCACUUGUUAAAAAAGGAUUACAGAAAAGAGACUAAGGCCAACAGUUUUAUUUCUAUACCCAAAAUGGAAGUGAAAAGUUACACUAAAAACAGCACAAUUGCACCAAAGAAAGCCGCACAUCGCAUCUUGUCAGACACAUCGGACGAAGAGGAGGCAAGUGUCACCAUGGGGACAGGAGAAAAACUGAGACUGUCCGCACACACCAUGCUGCCCAGUAACAAACGUGAGUCUUCUAGUUCCAAGCAACAAAAAGAAAAAACGAAAGUGAAAAAGAAGCGGAAGAAAGAAACAAAAGGCAAAGAAGUUCGGUUUGGAAAAAGGAGUGACAAGUUCUGCUCGUCUGAAUCUGAGAGCGAGCCUCUGGGGAGUGAGGAGGACGACGGCUCGGUUGGAAGCUCUGGCUGUACCAAGGGGUCGCCACUGGUGCUGAAGGAACCCUCCCUGUUCAGCUCGCUCUCUGCCUCAUCCACCUCCUCCCACGGGAGCACUGCCUCCCAGAAGCAUAACCCCAACCACGCUGACCAGCACUCCAAGCACUGGAGGACGGACAAUUGGAAGACCAUCUCCUCUCCCGCCUGGUCCGAGGUCAGCUCCCUGUCAGACUCCACGCGGACACGGCUGACAAGUGAGUCUGAUUGCUCCUCCGAGGCCUCCAGCCUUGAGUCCCUGAAGCCCAUCAGGAAGAAGCGGGAGCACAGGAAGGGCGGCCUGCAGGGCGUGCUCUCUGAGAGGAGGGGCGCGUUCCACGCGAGCGUAGAAGGCGCCAUCCCAAAACUGGACAAAGAGGGAAAGAUCAUCAAAAAACACAAAACGAAACAUAAACACAAAAACAAGGAAAAAGGACAGUGUUCUGUCAGCCAGGAGCUGAAACUGAAGAGCUUUACUUAUGAGUAUGACGACUCCAAGCAGAAGCCGGAUAAGGCCAUCCUCCUGGACAAUGACAUGCCCCCCGAGAACAAGCUGAAGGCGUUAAAGCAUGACCGAGACCAUCUCAAGAAGGAAGAGAAGCUCAGCAAACUGAAGGCGGAGGACAAAGAGUGGCUAUUUAAAGAUGAGCUCAUAAAGGUCUCCAAAGACGAGAAAUCGCUCAAGAGAAUCAAAGACCUGAGCAAAGACCUGGCUAAGUGUUUCCGAGAAGAGAAAGACCGCUCGAACAAGGCGGACAAAGAGAAGCUGCCGAAAGAGAAGUCCCCAAAGGAGGAGAAGCUGCGGCUCUACAAGGAGGAGAGGAAGAAGAAGUCCAAAGACCGGCCCUCCAGACUAGAGAGGAAGAACGACUUGAAGGAGGACAAGACGUCGAGAGAGAAGGAAAAGACUUUCAAAGAAGACAAACUCAAAAAAGAGAAGGUGUACAGGGAGGACUCUGCUUUCGAUGAGUACUGUAACAAGAGCCAGUUUCUGGAGAACGAGGACACCAAGUUCAGCCUCUCAGACGACCCGCAGGAGCGCUGGUUCUCCGACCUGUCGGACUCCUCCUUUGACUUCAAAGGGGAGGACAGCUGGGACUCUCCGGUGCCCGACUACCGAGAGAUGAAAAGUGACUCCGUGGCAAAGCUCCUCCUGGAGACUGUGCGGGAGGACUCCAAGGAGAAGCGGCGGGACAGCAAGGGCCGCGAAAAGAGAGAGCACAGCGAGCGGCGCAGCGACCGAGACGCCUUCUUCAGGAAGAAAGACCGGGACUACCUGGAUAAGACCGCCGAGAAGAGGAAAGACCCGACCGAGAAGCACAGAGGUGUCCCCAGCUACCUGUCCGAGAAAGACAAGAGGAGGAAAGAGUCUGUGGACGGAGCCAAGGACCGAAAGGACAAGGACCUGAGUGACACGUGCAGGGACAGAAAGGACUCUUUCGAGAGCACCAAGGAAAGGAAGGAGGCCAGAGGGAAGGCCGACGAGGCCUACAGAGAGGAGCUCAAAGAGUUCGGCUGCGACAGUUUCUUCAAAGACAAGUCUGACGCGGACUUUGUGAAAAGCCUGGAGUCUUGGGAAAGGCACCAUUCGGUAAAAGAAAAAGAGAAGAAGGAUGGCAUCGAGAAGGAAAAGAAAGAGAAGAUAAAAUCCGAGAAAUACAAGGAAAAGUCUAGUGACAAGGACAAGAAUGAGAAAGCUCUCCUUGAAAAGAGUCAGAAGGACAAAGAAUUUGAUAAAUGUUUUAAGGAGAAAAAGGAAGCCAAGGAAAAGCAUAAAGAUUGCAUACAUAGCAAAGAUAAAGAACGGAAGCCUUCUCUUGAUCAGGUGAAAGAUAAGAAGGAGAAAAAUUAUCCUGGAAUCCUCUCGGAAGACUUCUCUGAGAAGAAAGAGGAAAAAAGGGGGAAGGAGAAAAGCUGGUACAUUGCAGACAUCUUCACGGAUGAGAGCGAAGACGACCAGGACGAGUAUGCCACCAGUGGGUUCAAGCUCGGGGAGGGCCCCGAGGGGCCGAGGGCGGAAAGCUUGCAGGACCGGGAGGAAGGGAAAGAGCCCUCUGCUUUGGACAAGCACCGGAAGUACUCCUUGGAGAAGCAGCACUCAGAGAAGCAGAAAGAUAAAGAAUCCAAGGAUAAGAAAAAAGACAAAGGCUCCGCUGAAGGGGGCAAAGAGAGAAGAGAGAAGAGCUCUGACAAGCACAAAGACAAGAGAGAGAGAGAGUCCACAGAAAAGUACAAGGACCGGAAGGACCGAACUUCAGUUGACUCGAUUCAAGAAAAGAAAAGCAAACAAAAACUCCCCGAGAAGGUGGAGAAGAAACACUCCGUGGAGGAUAAGGUGAAAAGCCGGCACAAAGAGAAAGCUGACAAGGAUCAUUCCAAAGAGAGGAAGUCUUCCAAAAGCGCCGAGAUGGAAAAGAGUUUAUUGGAAAAGUUAGAAGAAGAAGCUCUCCACGAAUUCAGAGAAGACUCCAACGAUAAGAUCAGUGAGAUAUCUUCCGACAGCUUCACCGACCGAGGGCAGGAGCCUGGGCAGACUGCCCUGCUAGAGGUGUCCUUCACAGAGCCCCCCGAAGAGAAGGCCAGGGACGGCUCCUCCUGCCUGCAAGAGAAGCUCAGAGAGAGGCACAGGCACACCUCGUCCUCCUCGAAGAAGAGCCACGACCGGGAGAGAGGGAGGAAAGAGAAGACCGAGAAGAAAGACCGGAGCGAGGACUACAGAGACGCGGGCAGGAAGGACUCCGGCCAGUAUGACAAGGACUUCCCAGACGGGGACGCGUACAGCAUCCCUUACAACACGAAACCCGACAUGGAAGAGGAGUUCGAGAAAACCAUCGAACUCUUUUCCACCGAAAAGAAAGACAAAAAUGAUUCUGAAAGAGAACCUUCCAAGAAAAUAGAAAAAGAGCUGAAGCCUUACGGGUCCAGCGCCGUCAACAUCCUGAAGGAGAAGAAGAAGCGCGAGAAGCACCGGGAGCGGUGGAGGGACGAGAAGGAGAAGCACCGGGAGCGGCACCUGGAUGGCCCCCUGCGGCACCACAAGGAUGAGCCGAAGCCCGGGGCCAGAGACAGGGACAACCCCCCCAGUGCUAACCUGAGAGACAAGUCCAAAGAGGAAGCCCUCAGACUUGGCGACGCCAAGCCGAAAGACAGGUCCAGGGAGAGUCAGGAGAAGGGUGACACCACCAACAAGAUCAGCAAUGGGAAUGAGAAGCUGCCGCCACCCAGGGACCCCGGCCGCAAGGAGCACCGGCCCCGGGAGAAGCUGCUGGUGGACGGCGACCUGAUGAUGACGAGCUUCGAGAGGAUGCUCUCCCAGAAAGACCUGGAGAUCGAGGAGCGCCACAAGAGGCACAAGGAGCGGAUGAAGCAGAUGGAGAAGAUGAGGCACCGGUCUGGAGACCCGAAGCUCAAGGACAAGACCAAAUUGGCCGAGGAUGUGCGCAAAAAGGGCCUGGAGCCCCCCACGAAAAAGCCACUGGGGCUGGACGUGCAGCUGAGAGACAAGAAGCUCAAGGAGCCCAUGCCGCUGGCCCCGGCUCCACCCAAUGCCGACAGCAAAGGGCCCCCAGUGACAGGCUCAGAGCCCAAGGACUGGCUGGCAGGGCCCCAGAUGAAGGAGGUCCUACCUGCCUCGCCCAGGCCUGACCAGAACCGGCCUACUGGGGUGCCCACCCCCACUGCAGUGGUCUCGUGCCCCAGCUAUGAGGAGGUGAUGCACACUCCCCGCACACCGUCCUGCAGCGCCGAUGACUACUCGGACCUCAUCUUCGACUGCGCUGAUUCCCAGCAUGCAGUGCCUGUCAGCACACCCGCCAGCGCCUGCUCCCCGUCCUUCUUUGAUAGGUUCUCAGCUGCCCUGAGCGGCCUUCCCGAGAACCCCAGUCAGACCCCCACUCGGACUCUGCCCACCAGCCUCUACCGCUCCGUGUCUGUGGACACACGCAGGACGCCUGAGGAGGAGUUCAGUGUUGGGGACAAGCUCUCUCGGCAGCAGAGUGUCCCUGGCACCACCAGCUACGACUCACCGGCCCGACAACUACUGGAAGACAAGGUCCCCGCUGCCCUGGAGAAGUUCCCAUGCUCAUCCCCGGGGUACUACUCUCCCAACUACGGGGUCCCCUCACCCAAAGGGGAGGCUCUGCCCUGUGCUCCCCCCGCCGUCAACACCACCACGGCCUCAGAGGGAGUCUUCUCAAGUUUACAUGCCAAGUCCUCCCCUUCCCACAGGGAUGAGCUCGUGGCCCCCUCCCUGGAAGGGGCCCUGCCCCCUGACCUGGGCCUCCCUCUUGAUGCCACAGAAGACCAGCAGGCCACAGCUGCCAUCAUCCCCCCAGAGCCCAGCUACCUGGAGCCUGCUGAUGAGGGCCCCUUCAACACAGUCAUCACCGAGGACCCAGGCGAGUGGGUGCACCCCGCCACCUCUGAGCAACCCCUCUCCUCCACCCUUGGUGGGGUCCCCGAGAACACCGUUAGCUGGCCCCCUGUGGGGGCAGACCUGCUGCUGAAGUCCCCACAGCGACUAGCUGAGUCUCCCACACAUUUCAGCCCCGCAGAGCCCCUGCACCCUGCUGCCCCUGUGCCAUUCAUUGCCACAGAGCCCCCAUACCCAGCCUCUCCCCUUCCCUACCCCUUGUCAGUCCCUGAGCCAGGGCUCGGAGAUGUCAAGCAGGAGAUAGUCGAAGCGAUGGGAGUCACCCCUUCCGAGGAGCUAACCCCAUAUGCUCCUCCCUCUGGGCUUCCAGCCUUCUUCAGCAACUGCAAGCCCCUCAUGGACACUGCUCCCGACAUGCCCCCCGAACCUGCGAGUGUGGCCCCUGUAGCUCAGGCAGAGGCUCUGGGGCCACUGGACCACAAUUACCUGGAGGGAAGCAGCAGCGGCCCUUCUGUGCUCGGUCCAGAGGAGCCUGGACCGUGGCCAGACCCCUUCCCAAAUCCCGAAGAUGACCUGGACCUGGGGCCCUUCUCCCUGCCCGAGCUCCCUCUGCAGACAAAAGACACUUCCGACAUGGACACAGGACCUGCAGACGAGCGUCCGCUGCCCCCCCCAGAGCAGACACCUCUCGGGCCCCCCGAGGUUGAAAGCGGGGGUGACCUCUCCACAUCAGCCUCUGAGGAGGAACAACGGCCACCCUCCAACACAGCGUCCACACAGCUCCCUGCUGCCGAGCCUGCCCCUGCUGCCGAGCCCCAGGUGGAGGUGCCUCUUGAAACUGCGGCCCAGGUGGUGGACAUGGCAGAAGAGCCAGUCCCUGAGGACACGGGCCCCAGCCCAGCACCUGCAGCAGUCCCCACGGAGCCCCACCCAGCAGGGAGCGGGGACGAGACAGAGGCCAUGGAAGCCCAGGUGGUACCCUACUCCGUCCCUGACAGCCCCCCAGCAGACGGCACGGCCCAAGCCCUCCCCGUGGAUGGAGCUACCCUCCCCGCAGCCCAGGUGGAAGCCCCUGUGGGCAGCAUCCAGCCUGAAUCAGCAGACCCCACCCCAAAGCCACCCCGCACGGAGGAGAUCCCACAGCGCAUUACUCGGAACCGGGCCCAGAUGCUGGCCAGCCAGGGCAAGCAGGGCACGCCGCCCCCUGAGAGGGAGCUGCCUGCUGCCACCCCUACCCCCAGAGCCAAGGGCCGUGGCCCCGAGGACGAGGAUGCCCAAGCCCAGCACCCUCGCAAGCGCCGUUUCCAGCGCUCCAGCCAGCAGCUGCAGCAGCAGAUGAACACGUCGACGCAGCAGACGCGGGAAAUGAUCCAGCAGACGCUGGCCGCCAUCGUGGAUGCCAUCAAGCUGGACGCCAUCGAGCCCUACCAUAGUGACAGGGCCAACCCCUACUUUGAGUACCUGCAGAUCCGCAAGAAGAUCGAGGAGAAGCGCAAGAUCCUGUGCUACAUCACACCGCAGGCGCCCCAAUGCUACGCCGAAUACGUCACCUACACCGGUUCCUACCUCCUGGACGGCAAGCCGCUCAGCAAGCUCCACAUCCCAGUGAUCGCACCGCCUCCGUCCCUGGCUGAGCCGCUCAAGGAGCUCUUCAAGCAGCAAGAGGCUGUGCGCGGGAAGCUGCGUCUGCAGCACAGCAUUGAGCGGGAAAAGCUGAUCGUCUCCUGUGAACAGGAGAUCCUGAGGGUGCACUGCCGGGCGGCGAGAACCAUCGCGAACCAGGCCGUGCCCUUCAGCGCCUGCACCAUGCUUCUGGACUCGGAGGUCUACAACAUGCCCCUGGAGAGCCAGGGAGACGAGAACAAGUCAGUGAGGGAUCGGUUUAAUGCACGCCAGUUCAUCUCCUGGCUGCAGGACGUGGACGACAAGUACGACCGCAUGAAGACAUGCCUCCUAAUGAGGCAGCAGCACGAAGCAGCCGCGCUCAACGCUGUACAGAGGAUGGAGUGGCAGCUCAAAGUGCAGGAGCUGGACCCUGCGGGGCACAAGUCACUGUGUGUGAACGAAGUGCCCUCCUUUUACGUACCCAUGGUCGACGUCAAUGACGACUUCCUGCUGCUGCCAGCGUGACACGGCAACGCGACGCCAGGACACACUUCGGGCGCAAGCAGCAGGCACAGCGCGCCGGGCGGAGGAGCCUAGGGGAGGCUGCUGUGCCCACGCCACCCAGCCACCGCCACUGAAGGACGCCAGACGGACGCCAGGGGCGGGUGGGACGUGGACACCUCGUCCCCAUGAGGCCCACGCUUGGAUCCUAUUCCUGGCCAGCUCCAGUCGUGGCCACAGUCGUGGGAAGAAUGCGUGUGUUUUUAGAGCCUUGUUCCAUUCUGAUCAACUCCAGGACAGACCUAGGUGCCUGCCGCCUCUCACAGACACCGGCCUGGACCGGGAGGCAGGCGGGCGGGCAAGGACACUGGACUGAGUGCGUGCCGGCCGCCCACCUGCUGGGCACUGGGGGCGGACACAGAGCCAGGACUCUUCCGAUUGUGUUUUUAAUGGAGUCAAAUCCACGUGGUUUGUAUAUUUUUUCCUUUAAUCUUGGGCAUUUUGUUUCUCUUUCUGAGAACAUAACUUGAAACACUACAGAGCCAAUAAUCAUAUAAAAAGUGUAUCCCGUAAACGCUGUACAGUUUUAUACACAUUCACAAUGUACUUUUGCUGCCUUCUAGAUAAUUUAUUUUGCAACACAUUACUGCACAGUUGUAAAUAACUUAUGUACUGUAACAUCACUUUCAGUUAUGUGUAAAGAAAUAAAUAAAUUAAUUAAAAUAC